CAGCAUGUAGUGUCAGCAGCACGUGUGUAGAUCAGUGUGUUUAUGUGAAUGUUUAAAGUGUCAUCAGAAGCGAUUUAAACACGAGCAGCUGAUCAGAUUGUGUUUGUGAUGAUGGGCGAGCACGAGCUCUAUCCACCGCCGAACUUCAGAAGUCCAGCAGAACCACCACCAUCAUCACCAUCAUCAUCAUCGUCAUCAGUACACUGGAGACCACAGCACCAGAACCAGAUGAAGUUCGAGGCGAGCCGGGACUGGAGCUGGACUCAACCCGCACCGGCCGGACUCUGGAGCUCACCGUCUCCGGUUCAUUAUCACGGACAACAGCAGUUUACAGGUCAUCAUCAUCAUCACAGACAGCAGCAGGGGGGCAAGAAGCAGAAGCAGAAAGGGGCAGAGUUCAGUCAUUUCUGUGACACGUGUGAUAGAGUCUUCAAAAAUCAACAUAAAUAUGAUGAACAUAUUUCACAGCAUGUCAAGUGUUCUGUUGAUGACUGUAAUUAUACUGCUCAUGAAAAGCUGGUGAAGAUCCACUGGAGGAACAAUCACGCUCCUGGUGCCAAGAGAAUCAAACUGGACACAGCGGAGGAGAUCGUCAGGUGGAGAGAAGAGAGACGCAAAAACUAUCCGACACUGCGCAACGUGGAGAAGAAACUGAAGCUGAUGGAGAUGAAGGAGCAGCGAGGAGACGUGCUGGAGAACGCACAGUUUGGUCGAAUGAAGAGCUACAGCAGGGGUCGUGGAGGUCCAUAUCGGGGACGAGGGUUCAACAGACGAAAUGAAGGAGUGAAUGAAAGAUUUCAGCUGGAGAGGUCAGAGACAGGGCAGCACACGCCCCUUAAACGACCUCAUGUGGACACAGACCCACUCGGAGCUCUCGCCAACAGUGACACAGAGUCUGAUAAAGAGGAUUCAGUUCAACAGAACCAGGCUGGAGUCUCUGUUGCCCCUAAAAAUGUGACCUCUGCCCUGGGGUCACUGAUGUCCAGUUAUGGAGAUGGCAUGACGACCAGUGAGAGUGAAGCAGAUAUUGAUGAAGCUGUUGUUCUCAGAGCCGGUCAGGCGGUGCAGAAGAAUAAAGAUUUCCUGGCUGCUCAUCCAGUUCCUGUCCAGAAGAACACAUCACAACACGAGGAGAAACCUGCAGACGGACCACAGCCGUCCCAUCAUGCACCGGCCGGGAGAGGGAGAGGCAGCAGGGGCCGUCAGGGGGUCAGGGGUCGUAGAGGAGGUCACGGCAACAUCAGUGAACCACGACAACAUCGGCCGACACUGCUGGAGAUGUUAUUGGCUCCUGAUAUUCGUCACGAGAGGAACGUUGUUCUUCAGUGUGUUCGAUUCAUCGUCCGUAACGGAUUCUUUGGUCUGGCAGCUAAAGACUGUCAUGAAAACACGACAGACAGUACGCGUGACGAAGGAGAGCACAACAGAGCGACAGAUGAGUACGUCACCAGAGAUGAAUCAGAACUGACGCAGACAGACAGCUGGAGCAGCCAAUCACAGGAGGAACUGAAGACAGCGGUCUGUCAGCUGUCUCCUGUGAUGUCACAGCGCUCUGACACCCGUAACACAGACACAUGUGAUGUCAGAGAUGUUCAUGAGAUGGAUGGAGUCUCCUGUCAGAGUCCAGUUAAAGCCCAGCGGCCCAGUGAGUUCCUGCAGCUGUUUGCUCACAGUUUAGUGUGUGAAGAACCAGACGAGCGACAACCGAACGAAAACUCUCCUGACGUGACAGACGAGUGCCAGAACACAUCCACAUGAACCAGACGAAUGUAAAGAAACCUGCAGAGAUCAGAGAAAUCCCUGUUGAUUGACAAUCAGUUUAUUCAUUUUUGUAAACAGAUGUUUUGUAUAGCCUAUCUUAGGUGCAGAGGAUAUGAUGUCACUGUUUGAUGGUGAUAUUAGUAAUCCAUGUUGAUAAACUCAGUGACAGCCAAUGCUAUCAGUUAAUUUGUUUGUUUUUUCAUGCAUUAGUGAAACAUUACUAAUUCUAUAUGUUGAAUAGACUAAUUGGAGCUGUCAAAAUGAGUGGCAGAUAAAAAUGAGUUUGAAAUAAAUUUGUUUGUUUAAUGCUUCCAUUCUUCUUGGUAAUUAAGUGCCAUUUUCAGGACCUUAAUACACUGAAUCUGACAAACAUUCCCAGUGUGAAAUAAAGGAGAUGCUUGGA